UACAAGCCAAAUCAUAGCCUGGCUCCUCAGACUCACCACAUCAAUGGUUUUGGUGGUACAUCACUCGGUUUCGAGCAAAACUUUCAUCCGCCAACGGGAAUCGAACCAAUCACCAGUUGGGGACCACUCUACCUCUGCGCUGUCGCGGUAGCGCAGAGAGAACCGAAACGUCUAUCAGAAUGUGCUCUCAGUCCGAGAAGUGCCCAAAUCCCCCGAAAUUGCUCACCUGGAUUACCUGGAUCGGCCAGGCUAUCAAACGUUUAUAACGUUGCUGGCCACAAUGCUCGCGUUUCUGUGCGCAUUGUUUUAGCCUCAAUUUAA